AUGAACUGUCCAAUUUGGGUUGCAACAAACAGUUCACAGUGUACGGAAACACAGCUUGUAAUGGAACACUGUCAACGAACAUGCAAGCUUUGCGGAGAAGCGAUAGAUCCACUUUAUGACGUGUCACGUCUACCCAAACAACUGCAUCCAAUCGCAUGGUUAGUAGGAAGGUGGAGAUCAGAAUUUGGUGGAAAAGCUUUCUUUCCAACAAUUCCCAAGUUCACUUAUGGAGAGCAGCUGGAUAUUAAAAUUAGCCAGUUUGAUGAACUGAACUCCAAGGCUCAUCCAAGCUUGAACUACACAGCGUUUGCUUGGGACAUCAAUAUGCCGGAGGGAGAUCCAAUCGAAAUUCACAGUGAGAAUGGAUACAUCACUGUUAAACAUGAUGAGAAGGACGACGUUGAUAUUGUGAGCUUAACAACAGCCAUGAGUAACGGUUUCAUGACAGUUGAAGAAGGGCAACCUGGACCAAACGAAAUUCGUUUCAAACUUGUUCGUAUUGGUCGUAUAAGCUUCUCGCAUGAUUCAGCAGUUCGAUUAAUGUUCCGUGAAUGGACAAUGCUGGACGAGAAUAAGUUAGAAGCUCGCCUACUUAUGACAACCACUGUUACCAGACGUUUAAUGGAACACACUUCUGUCAUUUAUAAAAAGAUUUAUCCUUAA